UUUUAUUUACCACAAGGGCUGACUAUCCGGCUACGUGGUAAAAUAAGUCUAGUAAGCCAGAAAUGGCCGGCGUGACCUGUAAGGUCGUUAAGCCAAGAAGAAGAAGAAAACGACAUGUGUGCUUUGAUUGAUUUCAUGUACAGUACUAUUAAUUUCACCCUUGGUAACAGACACCACUCAUGGUUUUUGUUAGAUAGGUAGUAGACUACGUUUUGACGAACUAUAAAAUUGUAAACUCAUAGCAAACUUUGAUUAUUCGGUAGAAACGUGUAUAUUUGGCGUACUGCUAUUUGGAGCAAAAUAUUUGACCGAAACAACAACAAAAAUCAACCAUUAGUGUGUCGAAAUUAAUAUGUGUGUUUACAUUUAGCGAAAUAAUCUACACGAUCCAAAUAACAAUUGUUAUCUGGGAAAAUGCCAAUUCAGGGCGAGCAGCCUAUACCUUCAUCAAUAACAGCCCUAGGAUAUCGGUGGAUAAAGCGAUUAAGUGAAGGUGCUUUUUCAAAGGUGCAUCUUGCAGAAUAUCAUAAUCGGAGAAGCAAUUGUAUCGAAACAGUAGCGUGCAAACUGAUUGAUACGAAAAAGUGCAGCGAAAAGUUUCGCAAACGAUUUCUUCCAAGGGAAUUAACGAUACUGCUACAUGUGCGCCAUCCGUACAUCAUUCGCAUACAUGCUAUCGUCAAAUUUCGUAGUAAAAUUUGUAUCUUCAUGCGAUACGCUGAAAUGGGUGAUAUGCUGUCAUUCGUUAUUGAACACGGUCCACUAGGUGAACCACAGACGCGCAUAUGGUGUCGACAGCUUGCGUUGGCCGUCCAAUAUCUUCACGAAUCGGGCAUCGCACAUCGCGAUAUAAAGUGCGAAAACAUUCUACUGUCCGCCAACUUGAACGUGAAGUUAAGCGAUUUUGGAUUUGCGCGCUAUGUUGCCGAGAAAAAUCGUCAGCCACAGCUUAGUACCACUUUCUGCGGUUCGUUUGAUUAUUCUGCGCCAGAAUUGUUGAAAGGGAAACCCUACAAUCCAAAAGCAUCGGACUUGUGGGCACUAGGCGUCGUGUUAUAUAUGCUGCUUAACAAAUCUGUCCCAUUCAAGGGCAAAACUCGUCAGGUAUAUGAACAACAAAUGACACGUGCUUGGAAGUUUCGUUCGCGUGUGAAUGAUACAUUAUCUCCGGAAGUGAAAACGCUUGUAAGGAGUUUGCUUGAGCCGAACCCCUUGAUUCGGUGGACGAUUGAGGAGGUGUUGGUCUGCGAUUGGUUGAUUCAAGAUCGUCGUUUGAGAUCAUUGAAUGCUGAAGAGUUUUCAGCACUAGCAGAAGCCAGAAUAUUUGCUAGAUCCUCCGCCGAUAUGGAACGUGUCAAAGAAAAAUUGCGGCUGAUUGAAAAUACCGAACAAUCGGUAACGAUGAUUAAGGAAACUGGCUCCAAAUUGGGAUUCAGAAAGCAUUCUGAUUCUUUAGCAUCCAUACCGACCUCACUGAUAGAACAAGUAUCGAACUCAAAGCAAAGGGGCAGCAAAUAAAAACAGAUAACACUGUUUGGCAACAAUA